UCCUCUAUUUUAUCCAUGCCAGGACAUUCAGGAUAUGCCGAUGAUUUGGACUUCAAUUUAGAAGAUGCCCUGUCGGAUGACAUUUCAACAAAGAGACCUACUCACAAGCCACCUAAAAUUCCUUCUGGGGGAACAGAAGACAUUGACCUGCUGGAUUUUGAUACCCCGCCAGAGAGGACAACAAAACCCGCUAAGGGAACUGUGGGACCUUACACAAGGAAACAAGAUGAUGGCCACUGGAAUGUACAGCAUACUACCACCACCAAGCAGCCCAAGACACCGAAGCCACCUCCCAAAAAGAUCCCAGCCAAAGACCCCAUGGAUUUCGACUUAUCGGAUGCUCUGGAUGACCAGAAUGAUGGGCAAGGUGGUGGAAGGCCGAACGUAAACCCCGGCGGUCGAGAUCUGUCAGAUUCUGACCUGGAGGACAUCCUAGAUCAAUAUCAGCCAGAUAAGAAAAAAGGAGGCGGUGGGGUCAGUGGCGGUGGCGAUAGCAACUAUAAUGAUGGCGCCCUGGUAGAGACCGGGACGAUUGCUGGUAUUGUCAGCGGCCUGGCCAUGGCAUUGAUUGGUGCUGUGAGCAGCUACAUCUCCUACCAGCAAAAGAAGUUCUGCUUCAGCAUACAGCAGGGCCUGAAUGCAGAGUACGUGAAGGGAGAGAACAUGGAAGCUGUGGUGACUGAAGAACCACAAGUUAAAUAUUCUGUCCUAGAACCACAGUCAACAGAACCACCUCCGCCGCAAGAAAAUGCAAAGGUGUGAAUCCUAGGCUUGAGCCAGACAAGAAUCAGGCAACGGCAAACACAAAACACACAUGCUUCUCACAUGCUUGUAAUUUAGCUUUUUACAAACAUUUGAUUUGGUUCCAAAGCUAUUUAAAUGUGCGUUCUUCUGACUAGGACAGGCUUCUUAUCGUGAUAGGCUGUAGGCUGAUUGAAAUGUUUCUUCCGGUUUUUAUUUUUGUGCGUGAAGAGUUGUAGGUUUACAUUGACAUGGUCAUGUAGGAGUUUUGUCAGAUUGAAUACCGAGUACAAGGGUGCUUUCAAAGUGGUGUUUCAUAGUAGAGAUAGGUUUUCAUGAACAAUGGGGGGAAAAGCAGCUGACGUAGUGAGUACAGGUGUGAGAACAAAUGAAGUGCCUGUAAAUUAACAAUCCAAAGCAAACCAUUUUUUUAAAAAAAAACCUUUGUAAAAUAACUUUUAGCCGAAUUUUGGCUGUUGACAUCCAUCAGUGGCAGCUUCCGCUGACAACGGUGAAAGUUACAAGGGAGCUGCAGGGUGGAGUUUGUGUAACGACACCUCGAAAUAAUAAUACAAGUAAGUGCCUGUGGGGUAAUUAGUCUUUGUUUGACAGCAAACAGCUAGUACCAUUGCCUUGUCCAACUGGGCUUCACUAUAGCUAUAAACAACCUAGUUUUUUUGCUACCAGAACCCUAUGCAGGUAGUCGUUGUGUAUGCAGUGUUUCCUAUUAAAAAUCCAGGGAUUUUUUUCAGGAGUUCAGAAACAAGCCUCUACCCCUAAACCAUGAUGGCUCUCGUGCCGGCCACAGGAAACAAAAUGAAAGAAAGCUUUUUUCCCCACCCCUGUAUAGUUUCAUAGACUUUGUGAGCAUAGAUUCUAGAUUGUGUUUUCUUUCCCCCCAGCUUUAUAUGCUAUGUUUGAAUUCCAGGGACUGGAAGCCCAACUCAAUGCAAUAUACUGCACUGGCCUCUGUGAGAAUUUGCAUUCCAGGGACCUUAUGCAAUGCUGUGGUGGAGUUGGAAGGGUCUACACCCCCCCCCCAGUCUUUCCCCCAAGUUAGAGAUGGGUGCUUAUAGGACAGAGAUUAAUAGCCUCCCAGUAGUGGAAGGUUUCUUCAAUUUACCCCACCCUGCUAAAACAGAAUUGCUGGUGUUCUUGGUCCAUGUUUUAUGUCAUCCUGCAGAUUCACCAUGCAUAGCUGGGAAUAUUGUGAGAUAAAAUGACUUAUAGAUUGUACCUCGUUAGCAUGGAAAGGCCGGGGGGUGUGUGGGAGUGGGGAGAACAACAUGGAUUUUAUGUGCCUCUUGACAUGAGUUCUGUCCCUACUCUUUAGUUGAGCGGCACUUGGACAUCUUGAAAUUUUAUCAAAUUCCGUUAUAAAUUUACCAGAUGGGCGGGAUAUAAAUCAAAUAAAUAAAUAAAUUCCAUCCUCGACAAUGUAGGAGCUGGAAGAAACAGAUCCAGCAUGCAUGUGAUCUAGCAACAGGAUCAGGGUGACUGCGAACUAUCUUAUUACAUAAAACCUAGUUACUUACUUUUUAAAAUAUUGCCAGUUCGGGGUGGGGUGGGGUGUCUAUCCAGACCACCUGCCAUUCCACUUGACUAAGUCCUGCAGGUAGUUUUUCGGUGGGAGUCGUCUACCGAGCUGCAUCAGAGCUAGUCCAGUCUUCCAGCAAGGGCCGUUCUGCAUCUCAAGACAAGAGAUCCUUUUCCCAGUGCGCCUGCUUGAACUUUCUUCUUGUUUUCUUUUUCCUUCUAAACGAGAAGUAUCUUAACGUCUUGUUCCUUACAAAGUGUUGCUGAGCCCUGGAGUAAUUUGAGAUCAAAAUCUGCCCCAGAUUAUUUUUAGAGUAUGUGGUUAAUGGCCCUAUGUUUCACCACUGUAUUAAGGUGCCCCACUGUUGCACCUUGUGAAUAAGCUAUGAUAUUUUUGAGCCAUCUGAAGGGAUAUAUAGUUUUUUUUUGGGGGGGGGGGUUGUUUUUUUUUAAAGUUUAAAUAUAAACCUGGCCUAUCCAUAGUAUGUAUUAUGAAGGAGUGAAAAAGGAACCUCUGUGUACCUUUCCAGAUUCUGUCUCUUUACCAACUAAUCUUGAGUCUUUAUUUAUUGAUAUUUGUACAGGAAUCUGGAAACAUUAGUACCCUGGUCCUAUAACAAGGGAGAGCUAAGCCUAUUCAAGCAUUUUGUUGCAUAGACAGAAUCGCCGUGCUUCUAGGAAGCCCUUAAGACUCAUCCUUCUCCCUUGUUGCUUCCUCUAUGCAGAAAGGUGACGUUAGAGGGGAGACAUUUCAGUUUGCAGGGAGAUUCUACAUGCCGGCACAAACCUAAAAGUUCCUGCUCCCAUGUAUACCCUGCCUGCAAGCACACUCUGCAGAAAGUGUGGAGGAAGCGACAGCAAAGAGUGAAAAGUCUACCUCUGUCCUCAUCGAGUAGGGAUCUGCGUUUAGGCAAAAACAGUUUCCAGCUUGCUGGGCAGACGCUUUUGAGCCACAUAGAAGUGUCAAGAUGAAUUCCUUAACCCAGGACAUCUGUGAUUUAAUAAUGCUAGAUUAGGAGGCAGAGGUGUAAUUAGGAUGAGACAUUUUAUUCCUGAGAUUCUUGACCUUUUAUAUGCUUGUUUGGGGCAAAUCCUUCUGAUUUCAGUGGCAUUUGCUUCUAUGUAACGGUGAUAAAACUGUAGUCUAGAUGUUGGAUAACGGCUGUGGAAAUUCAUUCUGCUGUUUUUUUAAAUUUUAUUUUGUAAGUUGUGUUUCAAAAGCCUUAUAGUAGUUUUAAAGAAAUAGAUAUAUUUUGAAUGUAUUGAGCUCUCCUGAUAAUGCCACAGUACUCUUUUCUUUGUCCAAAGUUUUUGUUUUACUGUGGGCUUCUAUGAGAUUAAAAACAGGAGGGGAAAUAGUUAAAGAACCAUAGCUUUCUUGCUUGUUGCAGUGUGCUUUAUAGCUACCAGAAGGGAAGCCACUAAAAAUUAGUUCUGCAUUGUGGGACUCUUGACAUCUGGGGAGAGGGAUAUUUGCCAAAAUGGGACAACCUACCUGGUAAGCAGCCUGGUGGAACCACAGCCAUGGAAGUUACCUGCAUGAUUUCCACAUUGGCGGUUGCCCUUAGAUAUUGCAGAAUAGGUUUUUAGGAAGGUUGUGGUUUGCAAAUUUUGCAGAGCACAAUUAAGUCCCCCGCUACCACAGCUGAAUUUACAUAAUGACAUAUUUUGAACUACUGUAGCAUAUCUUUUUUUUAAAUUUUUUUUUUAAGUCAAGUACAUCAAAGAUUAGAGUAGCAUAAAGUAGUGCAUCUUUAGAUAGAUAGAGGGGAGAUAAUAAUAAGUGUUGCUAUGACACUAGUACUUGGACUAGGAGUCAUUUUCUCAGAUAGAUGAAGUAAAUAUAAUUCCUUAUUUCUAUUUGCCAAUGAUGGGAAAUGUUUCUGUAGAUGUAAGUUGUCAAUUUUGUUGUAUUUCUAUUUACUGCACUGUUCUGCCACUGAUCGGAAUCUUGAAAUACGGUGCUUCUCAGUGUUUAAAAAUGACCCACUAAUCACUUAACAAUAUUUAAAAUGUGUACGAACUGCAGAUUUUUGGGAAACGAACAAAAACAGCAGUUUCAUUAAGAAAAACACCAGAUUUUCAAGAUGUGAACAUAGAUUUAACCUUUAGGAUACUUCCUUCCCCAAAAGCCUUUUUAUAUGAAUUUGGUAAAUGGUUAUGCCUUAAUGUAAAUUUUAGGUAGAAUAUACUAUAAAAAUGCACAGCAAAAUGGGAGCAAAAAAGAAUUCGACAGCAGUACAAUUUACCAUCCAACACAUUAUUAUUGAGGUCUUUAGAAAUAAAUUUUAUACAUAUCCUGAUGGAGAGCAUAUAUACUAUCUAGAAUAUCCACCAGAUGUUAUAGAUACAUGUACUAAAUUCACUCUCCAUUUGAAAGUCUACAAGUAGCAGCUGUCUUCUCUCGUUCUUUGUGCUACAGCAGCAACUAAAGCCCCCCCCCCAACAGUGACCUCUUAAUUUACCUGCCUCCCCACCCAGGAGUUGUAAUUCCAAGCUUAUAAUACUUGUUUUGUGUUUUAAUAGAACUUACGAGACCCCGUCAACCAGAGCUGAGGCAGGCAAACCGUUUUAAAAGUUAAGCAUCUGGUUGCUCCUUAGUGUAUGCUCAGCACAGGAACUGGUGGCCAAUGACAGAGAUGAGCUCAAAAUGCCUUCCGCACACACAAAAAACCCCAUUUCUGUCUUUUUCAGCACUGCCAUUUAGGAGGGAACAACUCCUUAGUUAUUGCUUAUGGCACACAACAGGGAGGCAGAAAUCUAUGCUGACUAGUAGCAAAGAAAUAAAUCCAGAAACAUUCUUGUGAAUCCCAAAUCUUUUACCUCUGGCCAAAAAGAGAAGGGUUGAAAGGAGCAAGUUACCAGCAAGCCGCCCUAGAAGAAUAUUGAGCCAGAAUAUCCUGCUUCAUUCUCCCUACACAAACAUAUGGAUUGGGGUGGGGUGGGUUAGCCUUCCAGAUGUUUCUGGACUAAUUGCAUUGGUUACAGUUGGCGAAGUGAAUGAGGUCUGAUGGGUCCAUGGACAUCAGAAGUUGCAUUACACAUUGCUGAUGUACAAAAGGCGAGAGAAGUGCAGUUAAUUGAGUUGUGUUGCUGUUGACCCUAACUGGGAAUGGAUCUGCAACAAAGUUCUCAGGAAAACAGAGAUAUGAUAUACUUUUCCAAUCACUUGAUAGCAGAGAUGCCCAAGAUUGAAGCUGGGGGUCUUCUGCAGGGAAAGCAUUUGAAAAAACAAGCACCAAAUUAUGACCUCUCCCCAGUGAGACCUUUCUGUUGUCUGUACAUAAAACCAACCAUCUCUUUGGCUUCUCCCAAUUUCUUUGUAGUGGUGCCAACUGUGUAGUACAAUACCUCAAAGAGAUCCAUUUGUUUUUCUACUCUGCUUUUUUCAAAACACACACACAUAUUCAUAACUGAAAAUAUCUGUGCACUUGAAAAGCAGUGUAAAUAAGUUCAGCAAGAUGUUCCAGAAUAGGUCAAAUAGCAUGCAUUAAAGUCUUCCAUCAGGCCAAAGAUGUAUAUAAGACCCAUUUUGUGCCCUGCAUUUAUACACCGCAGACACACUUGCAAGCAAAGAGAAGAAAACUGAUUUGAGAAAGCAUUUCUCUGAAUUCUGUAAAGUUACAAGAAUAUUGCUGGGGAUCAAAGCACUUGAUUUAUCCCUCUUGGUUUACUCCAUUCCCUCUUUGUUAACUUCCAUCUUUCUCAGCAAAACGUUUUCAGCCAGAACAUCCAGCAGUAACUGUUGCAAGCUUUGUUGAUGGAUUAUUUGCUGUUGUAUGAACUGGUGUUUAUCUGAAAGAGGUGCAUGACUUUACAAACAAAAUAAAGCUAAAGCAAAACAAUUCGUGGGGGGAGGGAAUAAUGCAGGAAAACCCUGAAAGCAGAGUAAAAGAGUAGAUGGAUCGUGCCCAAAAGACACCAAGCUUUUAUUUAAGCAGUACAUACAUAUCUUUGGGUAAUAUAGAGAUGAUUUGUCCUAGAUGAAAUCUGACCAUUAUGCUAUCAAAGGCAGACUCAUUUUGCUGAAGUGCAUAUAAGAAUUAUGGGGGAGGGUAUCUGCCCUUGAUUGCUGAACUACAAACUGGAAAACAAUAAAAGAGAGGCUGACUUGUACAACAA